AGUUUACUUUAAUCCACUAACUACAUCCUUAAGUCUGCAACAGUGUGAAAUUGUGUUAUAACCAAAACAAACCACCUACUGAAGGAUUGGUUAUUUAACUCGAACUUCACUAAUCCAUUCACUACAUCCAUAAGUUUGCAACAGUGUAAACUGUUAUAUAACUUCCUUAAUUGCCCUUCAUUCUGAGUGGUGAUGUGUGGUGAUGGUUGGAGAGUGUGAGUGUAGUGGUGAGUGGCAGGAUGUCAGUUUCUAUAGAUUUGGAGCGGCUGGAGCGAAUGCUUUCCCCAAAGCUCUCGGGUCUGUACUCAACACAAACAACAGCAGUGUCUGAACAGAACCAUAUCAUCGCCAUGGGGGAAACUUCGGCCCAGCAGAGAUACCAAAGAAAGGGAGGCAGUGCCAAGCAAGCAAACGGAUCCAGCAUGAUUGGGACGGCGCCCACGCUGGAGGAAAAGCUCAUCGAGAAGAGUGAGCGGGAGAGGCUGGUGGUGUGGCGGCAGCCAGUGACCACCCUGCACUACUUUGUGCGGGAGUGUGGCAUCCUGGGCAGGGAAUACAUGGUUAAAUUAUGGAGAUAUAAGAAGAUGGUGUUGUUAAUAGCAAUGAUCGUAGGCAGUUACUAUGCUGCUUACAGGACUCCAGGCCCCCACCAACCAUUACUUCAAAGCAUAGCCAAAAAGUUUUGGUGGUGCUGGUGGUGGUUGUGGCUGGGCAUCCUCUCCUCAGUGGGUCUGGGCACAGGGCUGCACACCUUCCUGCUCUACCUGGGGCCCCACAUAGCCUCUGUCACCCUCGCUGCUUACUCCUGUAACUCGGUGGAAUUUCCCUCUCCUCCUUACCCUGAUGACAUCCUGUGUCCUGAGGAAGAGGUCCUGGGGAAGGAGAUGUCCAUCCUUACCAUCAUGUCCAAAGUCCGCCUUGAGGCCUUUAUGUGGGGAGCUGGCACAGCGCUGGGUGAGUUGCCUCCAUACUUCAUGGCACGAGGGGCCCGGCUGUCUGGCUACGACCCUGAUGAUGAGGAGAUGGCAGAGUUUGAGGAACUGCAGCGGUUGAAAGAGCGGCCAGAGGACAUGUCCUUCCUGGACCGUGCCAAGCUGUCUGUUGAGAAGCUGGUGGAGCGAGUCGGCUUUUUCGGCAUCUUGGCCUGUGCCUCAAUUCCCAACCCACUAUUUGAUCUGGCCGGCAUCACCUGUGGCCACUUCUUGGUUCCAUUCUGGACCUUCUUUGGUGCCACACUGAUCGGCAAGGCCAUCAUCAAGAUGCACAUCCAGAAAAUGUUCGUUAUUAUUGCCUUCAACGAAGCCUUGCUGGCACGGGCUGUGGGCCUCCUGGCGCUGCUCCCAGUGGUGGGCCCCAAGCUGGAGCAGCCCUUCAAGACCUUCCUGGAGAAACAGAGGAAAAAGUUCCAUCGAAAACCUGGCACUGGAGCAUCAGGACAGGAUCAUGCAAACAUCCUGGCGUGGGUCUUUGAGAAGCUGAUCCUGCUGAUGAUUUUCUACUUUGUGUUGAGCAUAGUGAACUCCUUUGCCCAGAGCUACCACAAGCGGAUACACAAGAGGAAUCGUGAGCGGAAGGCGGCCCAGGACUGAUGGAGUGGGGAACAGAGUCUCCUGGGUGUGAGUUGGGCCGGGGAGUCAGUCAGUGUUGCCUUGUGGUGGAGCACUGCACUGAGAAGUGGGUGUGUGUAUGGUAAUGCAUAAGUACUGGACUGUGAAUUACAUGAGUUUAUUUCCAUUUGAUUUUAUUCUUGUUAUUCUUGUUAUUUAUUUAUGUUUUUAUUAUUAUUAUUAUUAUUAUUAUUAUUAUUAUUAUUAUUAUUAUUAUUAUUAUUAUUAUUUUAAAUUUGUUAAGUGUGACUAGGUGUGUCUGAUAAAAAUGACUCAUAUUAAUUGUUAUGUAAGUGAAGCCAGUCAGUGUUUCUUGAAGCAUUCCCUACCCUUAGUCUACCUCCAUCACCCUCCUCUGCUCCAGGGACAGGCUUGGACAAACUCAGUUUUCACUUUACACUAUUUUACACUUUCUUGUCUGCAAGUUUUACUAAAAACCUGAAUUUCUGUACUAUUUUAAGUACAAACAGUGGUGUUAGUUAUGGAGUUCUUCACAUACUGCCAGAUGCACUGCCAAGCAAUCAUUCCUCCCCAAGAACAAUGUUUGUCUACAUAAUCCAAACACUCCAGUCUAUUGUUAAAACUUGCUGUAUCAGUCUUAAGUAUUUUGAAAGUUGGUGACAUCAAACUGGUCAGGUGGAUGACACUCUCCAUGUCACAGACAUAUCAGUACAUCAGACAUUGCCCAGCACACCUCACACAGGCACACAAGUCUGGUACACAACAUCUGAGGUGGAAGUACUGGCAUGUAAUGAUACACACUCUGCUGGUCUGGGGCAUGGCAGGUGGCACUCAGUGCUGUGCUACAGGUCUGGCACAUAAAGUAUUGCACCUCACCAGGCAUGAUUCAUGUAAGUGUGUCUGAUUUAUCACUAUCACAUACCCAAAUCUGGCUGGUAUAUACAAAUGUCUGUCAUGUGCUGCAUGUGUAACACCUUUGGAUGACACAGGUGAUGACAUUGUCACCUGCAGUAUAUAGAAUCAUGAAUGUAGAUUGUGUGCCAUGAAAACAAUCAGUAGUAGUGCUGUCUGCUAUACAAUGAUUAUUAUCUUUGUGUUGGCCAGGCUGACAGUAAUAGUUAUGGAAAAUGUCACUUACAGUUUACACUGGAAGCACUGAAUGUUGUCUGCCAUGGACUGAAUAUUGAUGUGUUUCACUCACUGUGUUUUGAUUAUGUCUGUCUGUCAUGGAGGAAGCUACAGUACACACACACACACACACACACACACACACACACACACACACACACACACACACACACACACACACACACACACGGAAUACUUAGUAAAACCUUAUUUAGAUAAUAAAAUUUUAAAAAGCUGACUUUCAGUAGCUGUCACUGAAAUGAAAAUUUUAAAAUGAUACACAAAUUUGCUUUACCUUGUGUGUUUUCAUGAUACUCUUAUCAUUAUUGGUUGAUGAUAUGAUAACCAUUGACAGUAAUGGAAGAUCUUCAGAUGUUUUGAUAAAGGCAUGAAAUGAAGUGAUACAGCAACUUUCAUGGAAGUUUGUGGUAUUCAUUUCCAAUUUUAAGCCAGUUGGUAUUAGGGAAAAAAAUCCUGGACUGAGUUGUAGUGUAUAAGGCAGUGUGUGGUAACAAAGGUGAGUAUGUGGGAUGCACCACUGUUUCCUGCUGUCUGUCAUUGUGCAAUGUCUUGUGCCAGUCAUCUCAUCACCUUGGAGUAACUGUGAUGCCAGCAAUACAUGGAAAGAUACGGACACACACUACAAAUCACUAUUCUAUUCACAACUCACUUUCUGUCUUUAGGUUACUUCUGGGAAUACAUAGAAAGUAUAUUAAUUGAUUAAGAAAACUAACACAUGCCACACAUAGAAACAGGUCUUCAGAUUCCAAGAACAAAACUGAGGACAUCAAUCAGCAUUAUUAAAUGGAUUUCUAUCCUUACUGGUCAGUAGUGUCUCAAGGAAUACAGUAGAAUGAUGUCUCAGAAUAUAUGUGCUGCUUCAGAGAUAAAUUAUUAUUUAGAGAGACGGAUGACCUGAGAACAUGCUUUGGAAGUGAUGGUUGGGUUGAAUUUUAUGUUUCACUGUUUACCAACAAGUACCUGAUAUGUUUCCUUAAAAGAUUUUAGAAUGCUAAGUGUAAAGAUGCUACACUUGUCAAUAAAAACAGCUUUAAUGAUUGGUGUCCUGUAGAAAAAUCAAUGUGUACCAAUUAGGAAGAAAAGGAAGCCGUGAUCCUGAAGUUGUUGGUGCCCCUCUGGCUCUUGUCCCUCACGUAGUGCUUGGAAAAGGUGCCAUAAUUCAUUUAAGGUCAUAGUCUGAAAUUUUUCCAUUUGUGUGCAUUGUCAUACAUCAAUAUGUUGCUGAUGGUAUUUAAAAAAUAUAUAUUUUAUUUUAUUUUAUUUUAUUUCAUUUUAUUUUAUUUUAUUAUUUAUUAUUUUUUUUAUUUACUUAUUUAUUUUUUAUUUUUUUUUUUUUCUUCUUUUUGUGCUUCACAUAGCAAUGAACUUUGGGGUGAAAGUCAAUAGCAGGAUCAUGAGAUAAACUCACUCAGUGAGAGAACCUCCAGGAGUUCCCAGCCACCAAAGAGCAUGUGUGUCUCUUUGCCUGUAAAUAGUAUGACUAAGUAAUGUAAUAGAAGUUAUAAGAGUAUUUAUACAAUUUUUAUAUACCAUAUGGGAGUGAAGUAAUUUGUCUAGUGGUGUGAGUUAGGUCUGUAUUCAGAUAUAAAACACACACACACACACACACACACACACACACACACACACACACACACACACACACACACACACACACACACACUACCUGCUGCCUCAGUGGUAACAUGCUUGCCUGUCACUGGGCAGGCUGAGGUGUUCAUUGAGCAAGCAUUGACUAUCCUCAAACAAGAGGAAUUAGUGUUGUGUAUGAAAGGUCUCAGCUUUACUCCUAGACUGGACAGUAUGAGCUCCAGGCUCUUUGUAAGAGAGUAUAGCUGAAGAUCAAAAGUCCAGCACAUGACCCUCAAGGCCCGGGUUGACUUGCACACACACAGGUGGUGUUCUCAGGUUUGUAUUGUAUUGCCACACCUUGUAUCUCUUGGCUGGAACACUGAACUGUGGUCAUGGCCUGAUAAAAGUGUCUCCCAGGAUUCUAAGAAAUAUGGUAAGUGCCAGAUGGAGAUUUAUGCAUGAUAAAUAUUUUAUAAAAUUAUUUUGCAGUAUUUUUUUUAUCUUUUUUUUAUUCACAUAGAAGUAUGUGUAUAUUUCAUGAUGUACUUCCUGGAGCAUAGUGGAAUAUGUAUUUCCCCCAGCUGUCAUGUUAUCAGUCAAAUAUUCUGUUAUUUUGUUUAAUCCCAAGAUAUAUUAGAUUCACUCCCCCUUUCUCUUUUAUAUGUAUAUUGUUUGAACCUUUUUCUGUAUAUUUAUUUAGGAAAUUUAACCUAACAUAUUGAAAAGUCUUAAUGGUUUCAUUUGGUUGUUUUCAUAAUAUGUACACUCUCUCUUACUGAUUCAGGUUACUCUUUGCUGACCUGGAAUGCCUCAUGUUAAAACUUGCCUACAUUCUUCUCUUAAGCUCUCAACAGGAAACCCAACUGAAAUAUAACUCAUUGGAUUAUAUUUUAAUUAUAAAAAGGCACUUCCUACUCUCUAUUCCAAAUGCAGCUUUUAGAAAAGAUGCAAGUGAAGGAAAGCAGGCAGUUUGUCAUCAGUGUCAGGCUUCUUCCGUGUACCAAAUGUGACUUGGUAAUGCAAGCCUGACUAGCCUUAAGGAUUCCACCAAACAUUUGACAUAUAACUUGGAAUUGUUAAGAUAAGUAAAGCAUAUCAAAAGAGGACAGCCACUUAUGUUUUUAGUAUCCCAGUUUUUAUCAUCAUCAUCACCACUAUUAUUAUCAUUGUCAUCAUCAUCAUCAUCAUCAUCAUUAUCAUCAUCCAUGUGCUGCACCCAAAACAACUUUAAAUAUCCUUUUUUAGUCAUAUUAUAAUUUGCAUUCUUUCUAAAAUCAUACCCACCAAGUCUACAUUGUCUCUCUUAUCACAAUGUUCUCCAUCUUUCACUUUUACUCAUGAAGCAUUCUGAAGCCCUUCUAGCAUUGGAAAAGACAGUUUAUGUUAAGUGUUGCAUGUAUUUAACCAUUCACAUUUGUUAUACACCUUUCACUUGGUUGCUCUCAGGAAUUAUCAGUGAUGGAUGUGCCUCUUGUUGCUGUGAGUGUAUGUCAGUGCUUUUUUCUGUGUCCUGGUGAGCAUUGCAGUGUGGCAAGUCAAGGGAGUGAGGGGAGAUCCUGAUAAAGCUGGCAUUGGGUACACUCCUCUGUACUGUCUUGUGCUGCUGCUUUGUGUGUCAGUUAUAGUGUUGUGAAGCUGCAUGUGGUGUGUGUGUGUGUGUGUGUCUUUCUCUCUCUCCCUUUUGGUUCUUUCAUUGUGUAGAUUUCUAAAGUACUGCAGUAUCUGAAGAAUUAUGACUUUGAAGAAUAUUUGACUGAUGUAGCAAUAUCUGUGGAAGGUUACUUUUAGAAUGCAUUAGAUCUCCUUGUAUUUCAUAAACAUAUUCUCUCAGCAGUAUUUGCACAUUAGAUCCACAGAUGCUGGCAAUGAAUGGUGUGGUGGAAUGUUGACACCUCUCAGCCCAUGCUUAUGUUUAUGUAUGUCAGUUAUUUUUUUGCUUUAAUGUCUCAAGGAAAAUACAUGUGAAAAAAAUUAGUGACCAGGACAAUAUAUCUCAAGUUCACUGAGGGUAUUGUGUGUGAAUCAAGAAAUGUAAUUAUGUAUUAGUUUCUCACUUGAACUGUUUAAUUUACUGGCAUAGUGAAGGUGAUUUUGGUUAUCAUUCUGGUAUUACAUUUACCUUUGUGGUUUUUUAUGAUUCCUAUAUGGAAGUUAGGUACAUUACAUAUGUCGUAAUGCAGUUCCUUUUUAUGACUUCUUUUCACUUUUGUGUUGUAAUAAUGUCUUUGUAUUUGUGUAUACAGUGAUCCCUCUGAACACAAUAAUGACUACAGUUGGAAUUACACAAGAAAUGGAAUUAUCAAUGUGGCUGGAUGUUGGUGGAGUCCUGUCCUCUCUUGUGCUUCUUGCCAUUGUCCAUUUAAAAGAUAGUCUUGUGUCUUUUACUCUGUCCUUUGGUUUGCUGUUGGUUAUAUGUUCUUGACCAUUUCUCCAUUAGGCUCCUAUUAAAUCUAUUCUUUGUCCUUUAGUGAACUAGUGAUUAUAUCUUUUUUACUCCUAUUUCAUUAGGCUCAUAUUAAAUUUCUCUAAGUAUGAAUAAAAGGAUAUUAAAAUUCACACUCCAACAAAUGACAUGACACAUUGCUUGUCAGUGCAUCACUGGCUAGUGUUCCCUCUUCCUGUAUUUCUGAUACCCCAGUGUCCACAUUAUCUUUCAGUCUUUUCUCUUACUCUGCAAUGUCACUCCCAUCAGUUACCCCUCAGUUACCUUGCUCCUCUGCCAUUAUUUCACUUACUGGUGAUAUAAAGAAGGUUGUCUCCUCUCCCAUUAUCCUUCACGAAAUACACUUUCUCAACCUUUACUAAAAUUUCUGUGCUAGUCACCAAUAUUGGCAGUAUUUUUAUUUAUUUAUUUUUAAUUAGUUAUUUAUUUUUUUUAUACGCCUCACCUUGUUAACCUGUCAUUGUGUGGCAUUUGGUGUUUUGAAGUAAACAAAAAUCCAUACUCAUGAUUGCUUGGCUAGUCAGGAGAAAGAGAACUAAGCACCAUUUAAAUCCACCUUAAAAAAUUAUUGUUCACCUGGAACCAAACUUUUUUCCCCUUAAAGCAAUAAAUGCCAGUAACAUUCCUCAGCUUCCUUCACACACCCACAGUUCUCACCACCACUUACCACUUCUCACAGUUCUCACCACCAUAGACUACUCACCACUGGAUAGGUAGGCUGUUACAUAUCUCUUGAGACAAUAAUAAUCCACAUCUUGCAUUUGAUUUAACUCCCUCCUUGUAACAGUUUGGUCUUAUAUCUUCCACCUUCUCCUUUCCCAUUACCACUUGCUCUUUCACUUAACACAGUGCCAUAUGAUCCUUGAUAUUUGGGAUUUCCUUUAUCUUCAUUAAGUUAACAUUUGAUUUGACCUCUGUAACAGCUGAGUCUUUUUAUAUAUGACAUCAUCAUUCUCCAUACCACUUGCUCUUUCAGUUAGCACAGUCCCAUAUGGUCCUCAACAUCUUCCUUUUUACCUUCAUUUGAUUUUAUUUCCCUGUAACAGUUGCAUAUUUUUAUCCUUUACCUUAUCAUUCUUCAUCACCAUUUCCUCUUUGACUUAGCACCAUAUGACCCUUGACAUCUGGCAUUUCCUUAAGUUUCAUCAUUAGUUCAGCAAACCUGGAUAUUUCAUAUUAAACUUGAUACUAAAAUUAUAAAGGAAGGUUUGAGCAUAAGAUGUAAGGCUUGUGGACAAUUGACAGCCUGUAUUUGGUGCACAUUGAUGAUUCUGUGCAGCUCUUACAGGUUAAUGGUGAGAGCAGUGGUGGCUCAUGUUGGGACUACCUUUAUUUUCCUUUUGAGUGCUUUGCCAAAUGUUCCCUUCGGAGGAGUUGCUGUGUUUCCAGUGACUGAUGGUUGCUCAAUUUGUAGUUUAAACUGUGUGUGUAUGUAUGUCUGUAAUUAGGAUGUGUUCAGUAAUGAUACUGUGAUAGGAAUGUUAUGUGUAGGUUCUAUAUGUGUGUUUGUUGAAGUAUUUAGUUUUGUCUAAUUUCUGUUUGUUAUCAUUUCACUAUUACUUAUUAUUGUUAUUAUUAUUAUUAUUAUUAUUAUUAUUAUUAUUAUUAUUAUUAUUAUUAUUAUUAUUAUGUUUACUAUUAUUAUUAUCAUUAUUAUUUGUUAUUAUUAUCAUUAGUGUCGCUAUUGCUAUUAUUAAGAUUGCAAUACACUUGUUUGGAGGGACUGGAAUUCCCUUCACUGGACAAGUCCCCAAAGAGCUGAGUUGCCAAGUUCCUGAAGAGAAGUAGUGCAGCAAAGAGAGUGUGAGUUGCAGCUGCUGCCCUUGGCCUCUCUGAGGGGGGAGAGUGCCAGACACGAGUGGGAGACGGUAGUGCCGGAGAACUGAUCCUUCUCUCACCGUCCACGUCACAACUAACUACAGUGAAGAGCAUGAUGAACACUUGCCAAUGUUCCCAAGUGUUGCUGAGGAACAUUAUGCUCCACAGAGGUACAAACCCAUCAGUGAUCUGUUUUUAUAUUCUGUCAGUGCCAUUUUCUUUUUUCUGUUUCCUUCUCCUUUUUAAUUUCUCACUUUUUUGUGAUUCUAAAUUGUUAUAGGCAUCCUGAGUGACAAAGUGUAAAUCUUAAGACUUGAGUCAGCAGUGUAAAUCAUCAGCACUUGCUAAUCUUUUAUAAAUACAUACACAUUAGUAUUGUGAAUCCAUUCAUUACAACUUGUCUCUGCUUCUGUUCACCUUUUGUGGCAUUUUGUAUAUCUUGAACAUUUGUAUGUGUUACCAGUGUGAAGAAAUUUGCCGAUGAAAGACAAUGAAACUGAAUUACUGUAUCUGUGGCAAAAUAGUGAUGGUGGGGUUGUGCUCCAGCAGAGUUUCUGAAGGUGUCCACAACCUGUAACACACUGGUCAUGAAAAACUGUUCUUAAUUGCUCAUAUGAGUGUUGUAAAGUGAAAUAGAAAAGACCCACAUGAGAAAACUAAGUUUGGUGCAUUGGUGGCAAAAUUUCAAGCUUAUAUCAGUGGCUGUGUGGGACUGCACUUGCAGAAGUGGUUGCAUGGACUGUAAGGGUGUAGCAGUGGUUGUGUAGAUUGUAAGGGUGUAGCAGUAAUUUUGUGAAGACUGUAUGGGUGUAGCAAUGGUUGUGUUGACUGUAAGGAUUUAGCAGUGGUUGUGUGGCUUGUAAGAGUGUAGCAGUGGUUGUGUGAAGACUGUAAGGGCAUCACAGUGUAGUAUUGCCUGUAUGGGGUGCAAGAACGGGUGUCAUAACAUAGCAUUAUGUUUCAUGUUCCCUGGAAUUCUUUCUUGUCAUAGUAUCAGACACUUUCAACAGCUGUGACAUGUGAAAGGUGUGAAUAUUAACAAAAGCAGCAAAAAAAAAAAAAAAAAAAAAAAAAAAACUCAAACAAAUAGGUACUUGCAUUGCAUUCCAUUUUGUGCUAAAGUUUCAAGAAGUAAAUGUUCUCAGCUUCUUGACAAGGAGCACAAAUGUGAGUCUGGAGCAUGUUGAGAAAUUUGUGUAUAAAACUGUAAUUGCUUAGUUAUUAGUAAGUGUUAAAAUUACAUGAUUGUGUGACAGAAAAGUCUUAUGUAUUGUAAAUUCAAAUCACUGAAAAUGUUCUUGAUGAUGAUGCACACUUUGCCUUAAUGAUUGGUACUACUGGAGACGAGAAGGAGCAGGUCUCCUAAAUGGUGUGAUUAGUGAAUAAGGAAACUUAUGAAGAUGAGUUGUUGAGGGAAAUUUUAUGUUGAAGACUUUUGUUUAUCUUUGUACACAAUCGAAUGAUUUUUAAAGAAACCUCACAUACAAUUUUUGUAGGUUGCAUUAUAUAUUGAUAUUUUUAUGUUUAUAUAAACCCAAAGUUACCAGGUUUAAAUAUACAAAUAUUAAAAUUCAUUAAUUUUAAUUAUGAGAUGCAAAGUUAAAAAAAAAUAUUAAUUCUUCAUUUAAUCAUAAACUUGCAGUUAAGUGUAUGAAUAAAAAAUACUGCAUGUAUAUAUGUAUAUACUGGUGUACAGGGCAACUGGGUGUCUAAGACAGUUGUAGGAGCUCAGUAUAAAAAUUUUAGUUUUCAACUAUGUACCAACACUUGCUGUGUCAGACUGUCACUAUCAAGCAUUUAGUAUGAGGUGCAUGCUUACAUCCCAAUAGUCCUUCACCAGCUCUCACACUGACUGGCUGAACAGCAUACCUGGACACAGAGCAAGUAGUUGUGUUAGCAGCACAGUCUGCAUUGGGAACAGACAUGUCCAGAUGUUGCAUCCGUGCUGCCGUCAUGGUCUUGUUAAGAUGUCAGUUACUCCUGUGUACAAAGCUCAGUGAAGGCUUUACACUCAUCAUGAAUCUCAUCGUUUAUCUGAUGACUUAUAAUCUUGCUUUAAGUAUAGAUUGACAACAGUGUUGGCAGGUCAACACAUUAGCCAUGUACAAUAUUAUGUAGGCAGGUUUGGAAUGGCAAGCUGUAUGGAAUUCCUAGGUGUUGCUCGCAUUAUUUUUAGGUAAGAUAAGUUUUGUCAUACUGCUUUGCCUUAAUUGAAAUGUAAACCUUGUGUGACCAGCUUGUCACCUGCAGUUCUCAGUGGAAGAUGUUACAUGGUAGAGUUAGUGGUGUUUUAACAAAGCUUCCUGGUACUACUCUUAGUGACAGUGUGUACACCAUACACCAUAGAUCUAAGGUUCUGAUGCACUACUUGGUGUUUUGAGACAACCUGUAGUUUGAGGACACUUGUUUUGGGGCAUCAAGAGUUGCCUUCUAUGCCAGUAUAUGAUAAUAUGGUUAAAGAGUUAGGAAGAAUUAGGUGUAUUUCCUCACAGUGACAUUUUGCACCUACAGUUGUGUUUACUCAGUUGAGAUACACAUGAUGUUAGUGACGACAGGAUGUGUUUGGGAACUGUGUGGUCUUUGCAGUGUGUGUGGAGUGAAAGAGCAAAGCAUAUACAGUAUACAUAGCGUGAAUUGAUUGCUGCUUAAAACACAGUUUGUAACCUAACACAUGUCAGGGAGUUUUAGUUUUAUGAAGGAAAUAAAAAAGAUAUUUGGCAUA